AUGAACGACACUAUUGUAAAAAUUACUGAAACAAUAUAUUAUUCUUUCAAGAUAUUUUUUAUUGCUUCGGUGAUUGUUUUUUCGGCAUUAUUCCCAGUUUAUGUGUACGUGUUCAAAAUGAAUCGAAAACUCGAUAAAGCGAUGAUACUGUUUCCAGCUGUUAAUCAUCUUUAUCAAAUGUCCAGAAACGUCUAUUUCCUAUACCUAGCGUUCCUGUUUUUCUUGUGCUUUAGUUGUCUUAAUAUAAAUUCUCCUAACUACUUUAACAUCUCCUAUUUAACACUUCCUAUUGUAAUAUAUGUGCUCUACAUAAUAACACAGGUUUUCUCCCUGUUGACGUUUCUCCUGUCUCUCCAACGAUUUAUAUUAUAUUUCAAGCCCUCAAGUGAACAGUAUUUAACCAAAAUACCAUUUUCAAAGAGAUUUAUCUUUUUUUAA